UCACAUUGGCUUUGUUGUGCUCAAGUGGUCUUUCAGUAUGCGUCUGUCCCUGUCGUUGUCCAUUAUCUAUGCUGCCGGUGCCGCCCAGGCGCUCAACUACGACCCGAAGCUAGUCGUGGGCGUGAGUGACCCGGCCCUGAUCGCCAAGAUUGAAGGGUACAUGCCCCCCAUCUGCUCGUCGCUUUACGGCGACUCCCAGCACUGGACCGACUGGAGCAUCUGCUCGGCCAAGUGCGGCAAGGGCGAGCAAGUCCGCUUCCUCACCAACGACGCGGUCAAGAACCUCCAAUCGAACGGAUGCGAGAUCUCGAUCGACAAGCGCGAGUGCAGCGGGAACGAGUGCCCCCAGGAUUGCCAGUACGAAGACUGGCCGGCGCAGUGGUCCACGUGCGACAAGUCGACGGGGAUCCAAGUGCAAUCGCGCCGGGAAAUCACCCCCGUGAAGAACGGCGGCAAGACGUGCCCGGAACUGUGGGGACCCCCCACGCGCACCCGUGCGUGCGACGUCGACUGCGAAGGGUCGUACACCGAGUGGACGGAAUGCCAAGGCAAGACGGGGUCGCGCAGCCGCUCGUUCAUCAAGACCGUGCAAGCGCUCAACAACGGCAAGGCGUGCCCUGCGCCGGUUCAAACCGAGCGUUGCAACCCCGAGUGCCAGGCCAUUGCGUGGACCGCAUUCAGUGAAUGCAACCCCCUCACGGGAUUGCACACCCGCACGCGCGACAUCCCCAUGGACAGCAACUACGUCCAGCUCAAGUCGGCGCUCAAGGCGAACAACUGUCCGUUGGUCGACACCCAGCCGUGCGACUUGGACUGCAAAGUGAGCGACUGGAAGGACAAUGGCACGUGCGACCUCGCGACCGGGUCGCGCAAGUUGUCCCGCACCGUCGUGCAAAAGGCGGUCAACUGCGGCAAGCCGUGCAACUCGCUCGACCACGACACGAACCUCGAGUCGACGGUGACGUGCCCUGUCCACUGCGAAGUCAGCGACUGGAGCGCAUACUUUUGCGACAAGGUGUCUGGUGUCGCCACGUCGACACGCACGAUCACCCGCCAGCCUCUCAACGGCGGAAACUCGUGCCCGGAACUCCAGCGCACCCAACACUGCGGCCCACCCGUGUGCGAAACUGGCGACUGGACGACGCAAGAGUGCUCGGCAGAGACGUGCACGGCUGUCCGCACCCGCGAGCAGCUGUACCCGAUCCGCGACCAAGGCAAACCGUGCAGCCUGUACGAGAAGACGCCGUGCAAGCUGGACGCGGUGCUGUCCCCCUGGUCCGAGUGGAGCACGUGCGACGCCACGGGCCACAAGACCCGCACGCGCGAGAUCAUCUCCGGUGCGUGCAACGGCGGCGUCCCGGCUGGCCCCACCGUCGAAAAGACCACGGACGGGUGCGGCAACAUCAUUUGCAACUCGCUCAACAACCCGUGGCCGUCGGACGAGCAAGGUGACGUGUGGGGACCAUGCGACCAAGUGACGGGGAUCCAAACCCGCCAGCGCGCCAUCAUCCGCAAGCCGACGGAUGGCACGGUGUGUGAGACUCAACAAUCUCGCACGUGCGCCGUCAACUGCGCCGUGGACGCGUGGCAGCCUUGGUCCAAGUGCAAUGAAUGCACGGGGCUUCAAAACCGCACGCGCAACGUGAUCCAGCCCGACCUGAACGGCGGCAACCAGUGCCCGGACACCAAGGAGGUGCGCAACUGCGCCGUCGUGUGCGAAGCCACCGAGUGGACGACGUGGUCCGAGCCCGACGAGGCGUGCACGUGCAAGCGUCAGCGCACGGAGCUCUCGCCCGCCUUAAACGGCGGCGAGUGCGUGUUGGAAGACACGGACCCGCACUGCCCGCGCAGCUGCGAAGUAAGCGACUGGAGCGCGCCUGGCGAGUGCGAGUUGUCCGGGCCGCACGCUGGUCUGCGUAAGUUCACGCGCACGGUGCUCAAGAGCCAAUGCAAUGCCGGCGCGGCAUGCCCUGAACUCGUCAAGUGGGAGACAUGCAACGUGGACUGCGAAGUCGGCGACUUUGGCGAGUGGACCAAGUGUGACCUCGAGAAGCAGCUCCAAGAACGCAGCCGCCCCGUGCUCCAGCAAGCGUACAACCAAGGCAUCCAAUGCCCCGCCACGACCGAAGUCCGUGCGUGCGGCACGUGCAGCGACCUCGUCGGCCCCUUCACGUACACGUCGUGCGACAAGGAAAAGGGCACGCGCUCGGGCCUCGCGUCGUGGAUCGCCAAGCCCAAGCAAGGCCAGGAGUGCCACCUCCAAGUCACGGAACCGUGCGAAGUGUCGUGCGAGGUGUCGGAGUGGAACGCCGGCACGUGCAACGUGCACUCGGCCAUGCAAGAGUUCACACGCCAAAUCAUGGUGAGCGCCAAGAACGGCGGCACGGCGUGCCCGCUGGCCGACGAACUCGUGCGCCACGAACCGUGCAAGGUCGACUGUGUGCCGUCCGACCAGUGGGGUCCCUGGACCACGUGCGACAGCAAAGGGUUCUCGUCCCGCAAGAAGAUCGUGGACAUCGUGGCCCAGAACGGCGGGUCCAACGCGGACUGUCUCGUCGAAGAAGUCAAGGUGUGCGCUGUGGACUGCGUCAUCGACCCCGACUCGGGCGACGUCCUCCAGCCUGCGCUCAACGGCGGCAAGACGUGCAAGAAAGUCGCGGCAGAAAACAACCUCCCCGGCGACUACUCGGACCUCACAACCACGACCAACUUCAUGGCGAUGGUCAGCGCCAACAAGGAAUACGCGAUGGCGGCCUUGGCCACCGGCGGCGUCGGCCUCAUGUUUGUUGCGGGUUUGAUCUCGACGCGCCGCCAGCGCCGCGGUGGCUACGACUCGAUCUCGCGCCAGAUCCCCAACUAAACCCUGCUUCUGCUGUUGUUCCUAGUGUCGUCCUAUAAGCUGCAUUGAAUAUACAUCUUGAGUGACCU